AGUUGCUAUGCUCCUUGGUUCUGACUAUCAUGCAACAUGGCAGUCUCGUCCAAUCCUAAUAAUGGGCAGACCAUUACCCACAUUGUGAGCUUUAGAGACGCAGAAGGCGUCGUACGUUGCCCCACCCAUCAAGAACCUGCACUGAGCCUUGUGAGUAAGACUGCUACUAAUCCGAACCGUGGGUUCUACAAGUGUGGUCAUUCUCCGGAAAUCGAUCGCUGCAGGUUCUUCAAAUGGGCGGACGAUCCCUCCGUCGCAGAGCCACCGAAAGCCAAUACAUCGGAUGCAUCUGAGGAGGACUUGCCUGUGCAGUCGGUUGAAAAUGCUCGUCUCUCCACAAAGAGACCCUACCCAGGAAACGAAGAAGGUCCUUCAACCCCUAUGCCCAAGCGGAUCCAUACUACUCCAGGAUCGCAGUCGGAUCUCACUCCCGCCCAACGUGAAAAGCGACUUGCAGCUAUUCAAGCCGCGACGGGCCCGCAGAGUGGGGAGUCAAGCAGCCAGGAGUCCACAGAAACCCCAACUCGUCCCCCAAAACGCAAUGUAGCCGGCACAUUUGCACAGCCGCAAUUCCGCCCUCAUGGUAUUCAACAAGCCAUGGGUGAAAGGCAGGAUCAGACCCACGCCAUGGAUGCUGACGAAGAGGAACUCGCCUUCUGGGGAUCGUCAUCCCUUCACCAAAGCCAGGACGACGGCAGAAGUGAAGUUUCUGUUGCCCGUUACCUUUCCUCCGGUUCAUCCACUUCAAACCGGUUACCGGAUGGGGAAUCCGAGAUUGCUCCCGCCCAUGAAUCAGAAGAGCUCAUGCCUGACUUGUGUGCUAGUGAACCAGAGCCACGGAUCGGGUCUAUUUCGACCCCCCGAGGGCGUUCUACACAUGCACACUCUGGGAACGAACAGAGGGAACGGACCAUGUUGUUGACCCCGCCACCGAGUUCACAUCCGGAGCAUAAUGAGAGAUACGGGCAAGCUGCUCGCGUGUCUGAUGCUAGAUACACUCCCACUAAGUCGAAGGGUAAGGAACGAGAGAUACCCACCAGCGGUUCCCAAUGGCCGCCCAUUCAGUCGGACCCUGACAAUCUUUUCGACGACUCUUCAGAGACGAGCUCUUACUCUGACUCCGACGCCCCAGCUUUCACGGUUGCAAAGGGGGAUCCCAUUGCUCUACUCAGGGCUCUAAGCAAGAUCCCAGACCACCUCACGAGCCUAAAACAGAAGAAUAGGAAGGCAGUGAAGUGCAUCAAAAAGAAGAACCAGCGCAUUGCGGAGUUGGAGACUAGAAUGAGAACCCUGGAGGAUGAAUUGGAACGUGAGAGGCAGCAGAGGAUUUAAUUAUUCUCCACGCCUUUGGAUAACCGCCGGCAACAACUAGCGAUUGCGAUGAACUCAACUCCUGCGAUACCCCCCGAUAUCUCCCUUAUGAUCCCUCUUACUACGCCCAGCUUGCGGGAUCGUGCGACACCCCCUAACGAACUACGACACCAGACCUCUUCCCUUCUGCUCUAUUUAAUAUUUGCUUCUUCUGUAUACCAUGGCGGAUGGACUGACUCCCAACGGGUUGUAACGGAAUGUGCUACCACUGUGCCUCACCUAGCAAUUUGUAGUUACAAAGUCCUCGGACGACUACCUCGUGUAUUUUAGCUCACGUCUUUCCCGAAAUAUUCAACGCCACCGCUGUCUCGUGCAUUCACACCCCCGACUCCAUGGCUCUGGGUUGGCGGUUCGAUCUCAUGCGUGGCGACCUGGCCAUGUUUCAUGACGUCGACCGUUAAGUUGAGGAAUGCUUGGUUAUAAAAAGCCGCACUGUUGACAUAUUCGGGACAUGGCGGCGAGCAGAGCACCGUUAUCUAUCGGAACAAACAGCCUACUUGCAAUCCACAAGAACGAACAAGCCCCAAAACUAUGAGACGCGUUCUUCAUAUAGCACUCACAUUUUUCUAAACGUCGGCGGCGAACAUAAUAGGUCAAAGCAAAGGGAGAGGCCUUGAGGACCCAAAUUGAACGAAUAUGAGGUGAUGAUGGAUUUCGGGCAGGAGCAUAGCGCAAAGUAUCGUAUUACAGUGAGUACAACACUGGCAGAGCGUACUACUACGAAUUCAAAACGGAGGCCCGCAAACACAAUGAAUACAACACACCGACGGAAUCGG